CUUCCUUCUGCUCAGCUCCUCUAAAGUUGCAGCGAGCUAGGUUAGCAAAUCCGUGAAGGACCCGAUUAUCGCUGAGGGCCAUGGCUGAAGUGCAGAUUCGUCGCUAUGAGGAUGAGGAUGAAGAGGAUGUAAAGGACCUCUUCACGCUGGGAAUGAGUGAGCACGUCCCGUCCUCCUGCCUGCAUGUGCUGAAGCAGCCACAUGUCCAGAUGCUGCUUGCAUGUGUGUUCUGCGCUCUGCUGGCCAGCUCCAAGUCUUUCCUGCUGCCCAUACUGGCAGUUACUCUCCUCCUGGCUGCAGGCCGGCAGGGAGUCAACUAUGUGUUCUCCCGUUACAUCCAGACUUCCCUGAGCUUGGACCUCAAAAACAUACGCCAGUCCUACCUGGAGAAGCCCAACUCCUGCUUCUGGGUGGCUGAGAGCCAGGGUCGGGUGGUGGGCAUGGUGGCGUGCCUCCCUGCGGAAAAGAGCAAGGGCUGUCUGGAGCUCAAGCGGAUGUCUGUAAAGCACUUUCACAGGGGUCAGGGCAUUGCCAAAGCACUGUGCCUCACUGUUUCAGACUUUGCCCGAGAGCAGGGCUAUCCAGCUGUGGUUCUGUACACCUCGAUUGUCCAAAUAGCUGCUCAGAAGCUCUAUGAGCAUGUGGGCUACAAGAAGGUCAGAGAGUUUGUCGUUCCAGAACUCAUUGCAAAGAUUAUGAACUUCACAUUGAUUGAGUACAGGCUUGACUUGCAGCCUUGCCAGGAAAACUGAGUUUUUUCUAAAGAAAAUUAGCUCUGUCUACUCAUUUUACUUGAUUUAUUACGUAAUUGUAUACCUUAGUAUGUAAGAUGCAGCGAAGCGAACAGUUACUGUUUAAGCUGUGUAGUAAAGUAUUUUGUUUUGAAGGUGAAGAGAUGAGGAUUAGCCAAAAGUAACAUUCAAUUCAUUCAUUCACCAAAUUAAGUAGAAUUUUCUUCUCAAAACCCACUCAUGCAGUUUUCAAGAAGAUUCUUACAUUCACCAGUGUUUUCUUAUUUGGGAUUUGGUCUUAGAUAAGAAGAUAAUCUCUGCAAAUUGCAGAGCACAAAGGUGUGAACAGUGUUGCGGUUAAAGAACACGUCAUGAAUCUGAUGUAAACCUUUUCUUCAAACUUUAUUCAAGAACAAACAUAAGAAAAAAAAUAGGGAAGAUAUUGGUGAGUGAGGCCCGGUGUGUUACCUCCAUUUUUCAUCUCUGCCAGCAUAUAUUUAAAUUUUUACGGCAUUUGGCUGACGCUCUUAUCCAGAGCUACUUACAAUUUGAUCAUUUUUACACAGGUAGACAGAGGUAGUGUUAGGAGUCUUGCCCAAGAACUCUUAUUGGUAUAGUGUAGGGUGUUUGCCAAGGUGGGAAUUUAACCCCAGUUUAUAGUGUAGAAGGCAAAGGUGUUACCCACUACACUAUACCAACCAUAUAUUGCUACAAGUAAUCUUGAUAAAUAAUUAAUCUCCAAAAAAAGUGAAAAAUAAUAUAAUUAUAGAGAUUGUACAUAGAGAUUACCACAUUACCAUGUAAUAAUUAUGUCUUUUUUGUCUUUUUAUUCAGUCUGUGUGCCAUGGGUCAGGUUAAUUGUUUUUGUAUGGAAAGACUUGAGGGUCCAUAGAGCUGUUUCUCUCAACCCUGCAGGCCCUGCACAUUUUAUUGAUUUGCUUUCUUCAACACACCUGACUUAACAAAUCAGCUAAUCAUCAAGCAGUUACAGCAGGGACAUGCAAAAUUGUGCAUCUCUAACUCUGAGAACCUCUGCCGUAGAGUGUUUUCUGUAGUCCCACAGACCAGCUGCUGGUGAUUGUUUUUGAUUCUCUUUAGUAAGAGCCUCUUUAAGCCUGCUGGUGAGUUUGUAUCCACUGGCCAAUGGCUGCAUAAUGUAAGGGAACAUUUUAUUUGAUCAUGUCAUGUAUGUUAUUAAAAAAAGAUAUCAAAUUAUAAUAACACUUUUCUGCACUGCUUUUUGUUGCAGUUGCUGUGUGGGAAUGUGAUAUACUGGUUGCAAAGACAGAAACAAUGCUGGGUUCAGGCUGCAACUUUUGUUUAGUCCCAAAAUCGGUCCUGCUGAAUGCUCUGAUCCAAGCUUGCUUCUCUUCAUUUCCAUUAACAAGAAUCUGAAUUAAGAAUAAUUAUCACUUGUAAUUUUCGUCUGGCUACAGCAGCUGAAUUUGUUUUUCCAGUGCAACCGAGCCACCUUACUUGCUUAACUGAACCUUUUUGAAUAUAUAGCGUAAUAUAGCAAGCUAGCAUAGGUACGUCGCAUUGGCAAAAAACUGGCUAGCGUUGCUUACUGAGUUAAUGAUUCCUUAAUUAUUGACAGUUCAUACACAAUAUGUCUUGCCACAACCUCUGCAUAUUUUGGAGCAUGUGUGUGAGGGAGUUGCAGAGUGGUGGCCUCAUGUCAGAGAGGCCUCAUGCUGUGGUUCUGCGCACAUGACUCUGUAAAGAAUGAUGUCCUCAGCCAUCUAGGUGUCUAAUGGGUGUUUGAACAGUACACUCGUGAAAAUUUCUGGGUUUACAAACAGACGAAAAAGGUUUUCCAGUGCAGUAAUACACAUUUUGUGUAAAUAUAUUUGUGUAAAUAUAACUGUAACAUUAAUCCUACCAGUACCAGCACCUCCCGCGACCCAGACAUUAGACUAGCUAGCUAAUGUAGCUAGCUAACUUGUUAGAUGGCUGGCUAAUUUUAUCCCAAACUGGGUUUUCUUCUGCUCAAGCUUAGAUUAUCUAGUGAGAACUGCCGUUGACGAAUAUCUUCUGGGUUGAUUAGAUGCUACCGGGUACUACCAAAAGAGUUCAGAAUGAAUAGAAACAUACAGAUCUUUUGUGUCAUAUUGUAAUUUGGAAAUGGUUAAUCCUUUUUAUUCAGGCCAAUGCACUCAAUUUCAAAAGAACAAAAUAUUUAACCACUGCUUUUGUGUUUCUGAAUGUGUUUUGACUCAGUUGUAGGACUUUCUAACAGUGCCUUGUACUUUCUUGACACCAUUGAGUUUAAAUGAGCUGAUCAUCUUACUAAUCAGUACCCAGUAGCAUAGUUUCUGUACAAAAAUGUUCUCAUUGAUAAUUUGAGAUAUUUUUGUAAUUUUUAAAGAAAUUCCUGUGUGAAAGACUAAAAAUGUGCACAUUUUUGCCAUUUAGCUACAUUAAUCCAUUUGGACAUUUUUAGUUAUGUUGUUAUUCUGUAGUUGAUGCCAUGCCUAUAUUAGAAACUCUGGGUCUAACCUGGUAUUCUCUAUGACAAAAAUGAAUGGCGUUUUCAAAAAUCAUCACUGUAUUUCUAACAGUGCAAAAUUAACAGCAGAUCCAUUAACAAUAACCGUAAGCAUAGACACACAGAAAGCAGGCUCAGAAUACAGUAUAACCAACAGAGACUUCUCAAGGUUCUAGGCCAGUGGCCUCCAACCCUGCUCCUGGAGAUGAUUGAUUUCCUAAGUCCUUGAAUAACUGAAAGAGAUGUGUUAGAUUUGGGUUGAAGGGGAAACAUGCAAGAUGGUAGAUCUCCAGCAGGAGGGUUGAUAACCACUGCUCUAGGCCAAGCAAAAGCAGUAAAUCAGGCCCACCAAUAGCCAUUUUAAUCCAUAAACUAAAUUGCCUAAAUUAGCUGGCUAGGCAAUUGUAAGAGCUAAAAUAACGUUUGGGUACUAACAAAAAUAAAUAGGCGUGGUCAUUGAAAUCUUUUUGUACAGUAUUUUCAGCCAGAUUGCAUAUGUAAACUGAUCGUUUUGGUACUGCCUGUAUUCCACACGAAUAAAAUUAGCAGGAAGCAAUACCAGGAUUAGAUAUGCAUCAGUUGUCACCAACCAAACCCCAUUAAAGAUGAAUUCUGAUGCCAGACGUAAAAGACCAUAACGAUAAUGAACACUUAUUCUGCAAUACAUGAAAACAUUCCGUCCAGAACAACUUGUUCCCUUUUGUUUGUAAGAUUAUCGUACACAGAGCAGAAGCACCCCUCCCUUGGACAGUUCCUGUGGUCCGUGAGUGCAGGUGUUUCUGUCAGCUUAGCACUUUAUGACUGUUAGACUAGUUAUUGGGUCCACCCUGUUUGCUUGUAAGCAACAGGGCAGGGCGUGUUUGUAUAAAAGAAGGAGUGCCCUUCUUUCUGUGUGCAGAAGACUUAAUAAACUCUUUGAUUUCUGUCUUCCUGCACCGAGCAUGCUCGCUGAGACUGAGAGAUUUUACUGGACAGGUGGUAGCCGCUCUCUGGUUCCUCUUCCACGAUCGGACCCGAAUCGGUCGGUCCUUAUCACUACACAACACAAAAAUGUUCUUGCGAUGGAUCUGGCAACAAUGUGCAUUUCCUUUUAACCUUCCUAAUUUCAAUAUUGAUAUGAUAUUCUAAUGUACAUAAAUGAUGUGGGCUGGUAUAAACAGGUCACAGAAGAUGCUAUAACACAUUUCAUCUCUGCCUAUCUUUAAUAAGUGAUGUGAUUCUUAGCAUUUCAUAAUCUCUUUGGACAUUAUCAAAAAGGAAAUAAAAUAAAGUUUUAGACUAACAUAAAAAUAGAUGGAUGAUACACAAAUGGGAAAUUGGGAAAUAUACUGGCGACCUGUCCAGGGUGU